UUCCGCGCUGUCUCCCUUCCCCAGUAGCGCUGGUGUCUCCUUCUCGCUCGCCGACACUAGCUACCAGCCUACCACUGCCAUUCCCCAGGUAAAUGAGCUGCGCCGCCGCGCGACUAUCCUCCCUGCUCGUGCCGCACGGCGCCACCAUCGCUGUCGCCGAGUCGUCCGCCGGCGGCCUAAUCGCUGCCAAGCUGCUGUCUGUUGCCGGCGCCUCCAAGUUUUUCCGCGGCGGCGUGGUCUGCUACUCGGCGCACUCCAAGGAGGCGCUGCUUGCGCUGGCGACAAAGGCGCCGACGGCCACCGAGGCGCACGCGCUUGCGAUGGCGGCGGCAGCUCGGCGGCGGCUCGGGAGCGACUGGGGCCUCGGCGAGACGGGUGUGGCCGGGCCGGGAAAGAACUCGCGCGGUGCGGCUCCGGGCUGCUGUGCCAUCGCCGUCGCCGGCCCAGACGGCUUUGAGCGGACGGUGAUGCUGUGGCCCGACGACUCGCUCGGCGCAAACGACGCCUACGGGCAGCCGCCGCUGCUCAGCCGCGAGGAGCGGAUGAGCGUCUUUUGUGCGGCAGCCGUCGAUCUGGCGGUGCAGAGUGCGGCGGCCGUGUACGGGCGAGACGAGUAGUAGGAGAUGCGUCCCGCUGAUUUCCGCGUCUCCAGCUCCCAGGCUCCGCGGUCCUUUCCGCCAUUCCGCAUUCGUGUGGCACGCGCUUCGCAGCACUGGGCACUUGGUCUUGGUCUUGGACGUUGGAGGCACUCGCCACGUGUCCCUUUCUGUUUUUUUGUAGCCUUCAUUGUAGCGC